UUCGAAUGGGCUUGGCAGAACCCAGAUAAAUCCAGACGAUUGCGUGACGUUCCAGCCAAGUCUCGUAAAGAAAGUGUGUUCCAGUACAGAUGGCGAGUGGUUUGUCACAUGUUACGGACAGCUCCCUGGUCAGGAUUAAGUCUGACCGUCAGAUGGUUGAAGCAGGACUUCCGUCAGGACUUUCCCUCAGGUUUGGAACCGCCAUUACACAUGCCAGUUGUGUUUGGACCAGUUGUCAGAAAGAAGUUAAAAACUGGCAGUAGUAAACAGAAGAAAACAAACAGUUCUGCAUCAUCACAGAGUGGCACUGUCACUUCUUUGCAAAGUGUUGCCAUCACUUCACCACGAAAAAAUUAUUCAGCAGAUUUACAA